AUGGCGUUCCCCGAGCCGAAGCCCCGGGCCCCGGAGCUGCCGCGGAAGCUCGUGAAGACCCUGACCUGCGGGCAAGGGGCGGUGCGGGCCGUGCGCUUCAAUGUGGACGGUAAUUACUGCCUGACGUGCGGCGGCGACAAGACGCUGAAGCUGUGGAACCCGCUGCGAGGGACGUUGCUGCGGACUUACAGCGGCCACGGCUACGAGGUGCUGGAUGCAGCCGGCUCCUUUGACAACAGCAGCCUGUGCUCGGGCGGCGGGGACAAGGCUGUGGUGCUGUGGGAUGUGGCGUCGGGGCAGGUCGUGCGCAAAUUCCGGGGCCACGCUGGGAAGGUGAACACGGUGCAGUUUAACGAAGAAGCUACCAUCAUCCUGUCUGGCUCCAUCGAUUCCAGCGUCCGCUGCUGGGACUGCCGCUCCCGGAAACCUGAGCCUGUGCAGACGCUGGACGAAGCCAGGGACGGGGUGUCCAGCGUGAAGGUGUCAGACCACGAGGUCCUGGCAGGUUCUGUGGAUGGUCGUGUGAGGCGCUACGACCUGAGGAUGGGGCAGCUCUUCUCUGACUACGUGGGCAGCCCCAUCACUUGCACCUGUUUCAGCCGCGAUGGCCAGUGCACCCUCGUUUCCAGCCUGGACUCCACACUGCGCCUUCUGGACAAAGAAACCGGAGAGCUGCUGGGCGAGUACACAGGCCACAAGAACCAGGAGUACAAGCUUGACUGUUGCCUGAGUGAACGUGACACCCACGUGUUGAGCGGCUCCGAGGAUGGGAAAGUGUUUUUCUGGGACCUGGUGGAGGGUUCUCUGGCGCUGGCACUGCCCGUGGGCCCGGGUGUGGUUCAGUCUCUGGCCUUCCACCCCACUGAGCCCUGCCUGCUGACUGCCAUGGGGGGCAGCGUCCACUGCUGGCGGGAAGAGGACUACGAAGCAGACGGGGGCGCUGGCUGAGCAGGUGCCCCACAAGGACAAACGCACAGACCCAGAGGAAUGACCGUGACAUUUUAUUU